UUCCAGGUUGCGGCAGCCAGUGGUCACACUGUGGUGUUAGUAGACCAGUCAGACGAAAUCCUUAAGAAGUCUACAAAAGGAAUUGAAGAAAGUUUGAAGAGAGUGACAAAGAAGAAGUUUGCGGAUAAGCCUGAGGCUGGUGCCGAGUUCAUUGAGAAGACCUUAAAGAACCUCACAACAAGCACAGAUGCAGUAGCAGUGGUCCACAGCACAGAUUUGGUGAUAGAAGCCAUUGUUGAGAACCAGGAAAUAAAAAAUGAACUCUUCAAGAGGCUGGAUAAGUUUGCUCCAGAGCAUACAAUAUUUGCAAGCAACACUUCAUCGUUGCAAAUCACACAGUUGGCUAAUUCAACCACCAGGCAGGACCGAUUUGGUGGUCUCCAUUUCUUCAAUCCCGUGCCUAUGAUGAAGCUCGUGGAGGUCAUCAAGACUCCAAUGACCAGCCAAAAAACUUUUGAAUCACUUGUGGAUUUCAGUAAAGCAGUAGGAAAGAGUCCUGUCAGUUGUAAGGAUACUCCAGGGUUUAUUGUGAACCGUCUCUUGGUGCCAUAUAUGAUGGAAGCUGUUCGACUCUUUGAGAGAGGUACUUGAUGGGACAU